UCCAGCCCCGGGACGGGACGGUCUCCUCUGCCGCUCCUCUCCUCCGCGCGCCGGCUCCCCGCCGCCUCCUGCUCCUGUAUGGUGGAUAUCCUGCUCAACACUUCUUUCUUGGAUGAUAUGGGGGAUCAUUCCAAAAAGAAGUCGGGAUUCGCUAUGUGUGUGGGCUGUGGAAGUCAGAUCCAGGACCAGUACAUCCUGAGAGUUUCCCCGGACCUGGAGUGGCACGCUGCCUGCCUCAAGUGCGCAGAGUGCAACCAGUACCUGGACGAGAACUGCACUUGUUUCGUGCGCGACGGGAAAACUUACUGUAAAACAGAUUAUGCAAGGUUGUUUGGCAUCAAAUGUGCAAAGUGUAACAUGGGCUUCUGCAGCAGCGACCUGGUGAUGCGGGCCCGGGACCGCGUCUACCACAUGGAGUGUUUCCGGUGCUCUAUGUGCAGCAGACACCUCCUGCCGGGGGACGAGUUCUCCCUGCGGGACGACGAGCUGCUGUGCCGGGCAGACCACGGCCUGCUGGCGGAGCGGGCCGCCGCGGGGAGCCCGCUGAGCCCGGGGAGCGUCCACGGCAGACCGCUGCACAUCUCCGAGCCGGUGUCGGUCCGGCACCCCCCGCACCACCGGAACCACGUCCACAAGCAGUCCGAGAAGACCACCCGGGUCCGGACGGUGCUGAACGAGAAGCAGCUCCACACCCUGCGGACCUGCUACAACGCCAACCCGCGGCCGGACGCCCUGAUGAAGGAGCAGCUGGUGGAGAUGACCGGCCUCAGCCCGCGGGUCAUCCGGGUCUGGUUCCAGAACAAGCGCUGCAAAGACAAGAAGAAGUCCAUCCUGAUGAAGCAGCUGCAGCAGCAGCAGCACAGCGACAAAACCAACCUGCAGGGCCUGACAGGCACUCCCCUGGUGGCAGGCAGUCCGAUCCGGCACGAGAGCAGCGUGCAGGGGAACCCGGUGGAGGUGCAGACCUACCAGCCUCCCUGGAAAACUCUCAGCGACUUCGCCCUGCAGACCGACCUGGACCAGCCCGCCUUCCAACAACUGGUGUCUUUCUCUGAAUCCGGCUCUCUGGGAAACUCCUCGGGCAGCGACGUGACCUCCCUGUCCUCGCAGUUACCGGACACACCGAACAGCAUGGUGCCGAGCCCCGUGGACACGUGAGGAGGCCUCCGGGGUCAUCCGGGGGGCGCCAAACUCUCACCCGCAAGAAAGUGCGCAAAGACCCCUCAAUGACGCUCAAGAAAAAAAAAAAAUACAAAAAAUAAAAAAAUGAAAGGAUUUCUAGACGGAUUAUAUCAUCGGAUACGCUCAGGGUCCGAGUGGGGAUGUGACAGCUGUGGAUCCGGGAGCGCGCACUGCUCAUGGGCCUGUGGCAGCGGGACGCCUUACCUCCUUUACCACGAUGCCAAUACCUGAACUGGACAUAAUGGAAAUAUGUGAUCGGAUUCAAACAUACGUGAGUC